GAAUCUUACCUACCUACUUCUCUGACUUGUUACACGUCAUUUUUCCAAUCCAGGUCAAUAAUCUGGACUGUAUUUUGACAAUAAGAGGAAUUUGGACCCUUUAAAUCAAUUUAACCACUCAACUCAUCUGGAGCGUUGAAUAGUUUUCGAACAUUGACAGUUUCUUCAGCAUUACAGUCAUGGCCGACUCAUUUCAAAUUGCGUUGGCAAGCUUCAAAAAACGGUUGACCCAAGAGGAGCAGUUGCGAUUUCAAACCACAACUCUGGACGAAGUAAAGACCGCAAUACUGAAGAUACAAGAUGACCAAAGCCGUCGUAAAAGCAUGAUGAAUCUCUCUCGUGUCAAAGCCUUCAUCGAAGCGUUUGAACAAUAUUCAAAUGUUGUCGAAGUUUUCCUCAACACGUCUUCAGUAUUGUGUUUCAUUUGGGGCCCUAUGAAAUUUUGUCUUCAGGUUGCAAGCUCAUGGGCCGAGUCUUUCGACACACUAUUGGACGCAUAUCAGCAACUUGCGGAAAACAUACCUCUCCUCGAGCAAUAUGGUGACCUAUUCAAAGGCAAUUCGUAUAUGGUUAACGUACUUGCAUUGUUCUAUGAAGACAUGCUCGACUUUCACCGAGCGGCUCUCAGGGUUUUCAGCAAAUCAAGUAAGUUUAUUCUGCAACCUAUCAACUAACAACUUGUUUGAAAUUUCCGAACGAAGCGCUACUUGAUUUCAAGUGUUGAGAUUAUCUGAAUCCUCAAAAUACUAAAAAUGAUUUCUUAUUUAUAAAUCUCCGAAUAUGCUAUUGCCCCGUAUCCGACCUUUUAGGUUUCGAUCGCUUAUGUCUCAGCGUGGAAACAAAUAUUUAGGGCGACUUGGAAAGACUUCAACAGCAAAUUUCGGCAUAUACUAGAGGGUUUGGCCCGACAUAAAGCUCUAGUAGAAAGUCAAGCGACGAUUCUUCAAUUCGAAAGGCAGCAAAAAGAUUUCACCAAAGCCGAAACUUCGAUUUCAAUGAUCCAAGAAUCAAUUAUUCGUAUUCAAGAAUAUCAGAGGGUGCACCUGAAUCACAAAAAGCAGUUCGAGGCUAUCGAGAAGGAAGAUACCAAGCGUCAACGACUAGCUUUGCUAGAUUGGCUCGCUUCCACCGAUCCGAUACCUGACCAUGAGUUUGCGGUCUUUAUGCGAGCCGAUUAUCCCUCCUCCGGCAACUGGAUUUUGCAAGAGAAUAAGAUAAAAGCGUGGCUUGAUCCUCAACAAUUAACCGUCCCACUUCUCUGGAUUAAUGGUAUUCCCGGAGCAGGAAAAACCAUAUUGACAUCCGUGAUCAUUGGAGAAUGCAUGAAGAACAGCUCAUCGUCGACAAUAUUCUUUUACUGCAAAUAUGACGAUAAACAGAGAGACACUUUCAUAGCCGUGGCUCGGGCUAUGCUCUCUCAACUGCUGAAGCAAAACGAAGUUCUUCUACCUUACCUCUAUAGCGAAUGUAUCAACAGUCAUUCUGUUUCACUUGCCUCGCAUGAGAUGUGUACGAAGCUACUCGAGGUGUGCUUUGAAACUGUAUCCAAAUACGAAAGGACGUAUUUGAUAAUUGAUGGGCUGGAUGAAUGCGAGCCAGUGCAGAGGAGACUCUUGCUCUCUACUCUGGUCUCUAUUGUACAAAAGACUUUGUACCCAGGAAUGCUUCGCUUACUGAUUGUCAGUCAAAAUGAGCCUGAUAUAAAGAGACAGCUUCGGCAAUGCUCAGAUGUACGGUUGUCAAGCUCCUGCAACAGAUCUGAUAUUGAAGUCUAUUCUCGAGUGUGGGCAGAGAAAAUACAGCAGAAGUUUUUCGUAUCAGAUGAUACAAAGACACACAUCAUAAAGGCUGUGUCUGAAGGGGCAGAUGGGAUGUUCUUAUAUGCAAAGCUAAUCCUCACUAAUCUUUAUGCACAAACAUGCCGUGAAAAGCUGUACGAGGAACUUCGGCCGGGAACAUUUCCAGUUGGCUUUGAGCAAGCAUACUCGAGGAUUGUGUGUCGAGUGUAUCAGAACCCCAACGAGUCAGAGCGAGCUACCGCAGGAAGAUUAUUGGGCUGGAUUUCAUGUGCUAAGCGGCCCAUGCGAUGGCAUGAAAUGCAAGCUGCAGUAUCAAUUAACAUGGAUGAUGAGGAUGUGAACUUUGAGGACCGCCAGCUACGAGCUCAUAUUCAGGAUCUAUGUGGGUCUCUCGUGGAAGUCCUUCCAGGGGACCGAGUGCAACUCGUGCACAGCACCGCAAAAUCUUACUUGGUUGAUAAGAGCUAUGUAAGAAUUAUUCUAGAAGAGCAGAAACUGGCAGUAAUGUGCCUACGUUACCUACUUUUCCAAUGCUUUGACCCGACUACACCUGACGAUCAAAUCCACCACUAUGUCAAUGAAGGUUAUUAUGCAUUCCAGGAAUAUGCAAUUGUAUAUUGGGUUGAUCAUCUAGAGUCUCUGAUUGAAAAAUUAUCACCAUCAGACCUUGAAAACUCAGAACUAUGCGACCUUGGGUCUGCCAUUGCGGAAUUUUACGAGAUUUUUGGGGUGCAAAGCACAAAAAGGUCGGAUGUCCCCUCCUUCUUAGAAGAUCGAUGUACUCAUCUUGUUGGGUCCGACCAACUAGAUUCACUUCUUCUUCUGCUGAGCCAUACUAGAAAAGUUCGGGCUGCUCAAGAUGAACUGACAGAGCCAAAGGAGUUAAAAAUAAUUCUCGAGAAAGUACGAUCGCACUUAACCAGACUGUCCAAAUCAAAAAACUUGACGAUUGUGGAAAAGCAAAAGCUCAAUACUUAUUACGGUCCAAAAUGGAUCAAAUGUCCUCGCCAUGCAUGUUUCUACUUCCAUGAGGGGUUUCCUGAUGAAUCUAGUCGUGAUAAGCACCUUCUACGACACGAGAAGCCUUUCUUAUGCACAGAUCUAAGUUGCCUGAGGAAACACUGGGGAUACAGUACCGAGAAGGAACUCAAAAGACACAUAUUAUUAGAGCAUCCUGAUCCAGCAGCUUUCGGAGGUAAAUUUCCGAAGGUCAAGAAAGAACCAGUGAAGCAUCAAUGUAAUAUAUGCGGAAGCUCAUAUACAAGGUCAUCAGGUCUAAAGAUUCACCAACGAAAACAUGAUGGAACAAGACCGUUCAAGUGCGAAUCUCCUGGCUGUUCAGCGGCAUUUCUGAGGAGAUGGGAUCGGGAUAGACAUACGAGGUCUGCUCAUUCAGGAAUGGGAAAUGCUAGUGGAUCGCAAUCACCACAAUCCACGCCAGUUCAAAGUCUGCCAUAGCUAAAGUGUUUCUCGACAACGUAUUUGAACGAAAGACCCUGGAUAACUUUCCUUCAUGGAAAGCCAAAGCCGAUGGGUAGAACAGCAUCAACAUUCUCUAUUCUUGACUGGAGAAUCUUCUGAUAUUGUAUGACUAGGUUAAUAGAGUGGAUAAUUGAAAGCACGAUUCCUAGUAUCAUCAUUCCAACUCUGAUCCACAUUCGAGUGCAGACUUUGAGUUACGCAGCCCUUCUUAUCUUUGCAGUUGAAGACUUGACACCAUUCGAUCGGUGCAUAGCCAUAACAUAGUAUUGUCUUCAUAUCUGAGCCUUAUUUAUCUGCGUGGUAUAUUUUCUCAGUGUUCAUCGUAUGAAUAGCAUGACAUUCGUCAUGAGGAUACCCUUAGCAAUGAUAGAAAGAUAGAAACAGCAUUGCAAUUGCAAUGCGAGGAAUUUUUAGAUCUCGUGAAAAAGAAAUGAUGCAACGGAUUUUUCGUGUUUUUUAUCCGCUUUUGCUAAUGUCAUAUAGCCAUAUGGUGCUUUUCGGGGGCUCCUCAUAAUCGUGACUAAAUAGAGUGGCUAUAAAUGAUUCUAAAAUAUUCAGCCUCAUCAUUUUCCCUUAGGAAAUUUUACUAGUACCCAUAUCACUUUUCAUUUGAAAAGUCAAAUAUCAGACCGAACAUAGAUAGUAGGACGCGUGGUGAUCGGCUCAGAAGGUUUACACGUGAUACACUUACGUGCAUACCACCAAAUGCCUUUGCGGCUCUUAUAUUAGCAAGAAAAGAUAAUUUUCAGCUUAAGCAGGCUGAACGAGCGGUGCAAGAAAAAACAGGCUCUUCGUUGAGUAGUUGUCGCUUGAUCUCCCAAUACAUUUCGUCUGACGGAAGUCAGACAUGACGCUUUCCUUCUUCUGGAAAGUGCUCUCCACUUUGUAAUGCCUACAAUCUUACCGUUGUGUGCUAUUUUGAGCUGCAUGAAUUGCGAAUGGAACUAGGGUUGGGCAAAUUAUAUAAUCUGACUGAGGAUUACAUAUUCUUAUAUUAUAACGUUUUUUGAUUGAUAUAAAAUAUUACGCCAAGAUUAUGCACGUGAUUUGACAGCCAAUCAAUUC